AUCUACAUGCACCUGAGGAAUUACACCAUCCCCAAGGAGCAGCGCUACAUCAUCCGCAUCCUCUUCAUCGUGCCCGUCUAUGCCUUUGACUCCUGGCUCAGCCUCCUCCUCCUUGGGAGCCACCAGUACUAUGUGUACUUUGACUCGGUGCGUGACUGCUAUGAAGCUUUUGUGAUUUAUAGUUUCCUGAGCCUGUGCUUUGAGUACCUCGGCGGGGAAAGCACCAUCAUGACAGAGAUCCGAGGGAAGCCCAUUGCGUCCAGCUGCUUUUACGGGACUUGUUGCCUGCAGGGCAUGUCCUAUUCCAUUGGGUUCCUGCGCUUCUGCAAGCAGGCCACACUUCAGUUCUGCAUUGUGAAACCCCUCAUGGCCAUCAUUACCAUCAUCCUGCAGGCGUUUGGGAAGUACCACGAUGGGGACUUCAAUGUCCACAGUGGUUAUCUCUACAUCACCAUCAUCUACAACUUCUCUGUCAGCCUAGCACUUUAUGCCCUCUUCCUCUUCUACUUUGCCACCAUGGAUCUUCUGCGACCGUUUGAACCAGUCCUCAAGUUCAUCACCAUCAAAGCAGUCAUCUUCCUCUCCUUCUGGCAAGGGACACUACUGGCAAUCCUGGAGAAAUGUGGUGUAAUCCCUGAAGUUCAGGUUAUUGAUGGAAAGGAAGUGGGAGCUGGGACAGUGUCUGCUGGCUACCAGAACUUCAUCAUUUGUAUUGAGAUGGUUUUUGCCUCGGUUGCUCUGCGUUAUGCGUUUACUUGUCAGGUGUACAGAGAGAAGAAAGAAAAUUCAACAGCAAACCUUGCCCCAAUGCAGAGCAUCUCGAGUGGGCUGAAGGAGACCAUGAGCCCCCAGGAUAUCGUGCAGGAUGCAAUUCACAACUUCUCACCCACAUACCAGCAGUAUACCCAGCAGUCGAUGCAGGAGUCAGACCGCAAAGUGCCUGGAGAAAACGGGCACGUGGUGUCCAAGGCAGAGGGACUGAGCAGCAGAAAGAGCAAAAACAUUGAGAAAAGAGUUCUGAUCCUAUCAGACGAGGAGCUGUAG